AUGGAAUUGCAUUCAUUACUAUUUAUUAGCUGCUAUGUGAUACUAUUACAGAGUUAUGCAUUCUCCGACAAAAUAUUGGGGAAACGUGAAAUUUCAAGCCUUUCAAAUAUUGCCAAAUUUAAUGAAGUUGAAGGUAGCGGUAUUCCACCAUUAUUAACAAACAAGCAGAAAAUUGAUGGAGCAGGAGUGGAUAUAGAAUGGGAUGGAUCAGGUAUAAGUCCGGAUGAUGAAGAUGGUGAUGUUGUUGAAGGUUCUGGAGCUGAAAUCGGUUCAUAUUUAAUUAUAUCAUUAAAAAUUAUGGAGUAA